UGGUUGUGGCCGUUCCAGCCAUGGCGGCGGCGGCGGCUCCAGGAGCGGCGGGGCCGGGAAUGGCGGCGGGAGCCGGGCCCGGUGCCGCGGUGGUGGCGGCGGGGCCCGGAGCGGUGGCGGGAGGCGGCGGGGCCGCGGUGAAGAGCGGCGAGGAGCGGCUGAAGGAGAUGGAGGCGGAGAUGGCGCUGUUCGAGCAGGAGGUGCUGGGGGCUCCAGGCCCCGCCCCCGGGGACCCUUUGGCCCCGCCUCCCGUCCUGCGGCCGAUCAUCGCCACCAACACCUACCAGCAGGUCCAGCAGUCUCUGGAGGCUCGCGCCGCCGCCGCCGCCACCGUCCCCCCCUUGGGGACACCCCCGGUGCCCUUCGUGGGGGCCAGUGUCACCGCAGCGGCCGCCGAUCCUGCGCCCGGCCUUCGUGCCACACGUGCUGCAGAGACCGGGUACGGGGACAGGGACAUUGGGGAC